AUGUGUGGGAGGACAGGAUUCAAUCAUCCUGAUUGGUUUCUAUUUCAAUUGGCCAAACAACAUCCAAAAGAUGAAUCACAGGAUGUUUUGGGGAAAUUGGAUCAGAUCAUCGAGCAUGACGGGUAUUUAUUCGAUGUGAACAUUGAGGAAUAUCAUUCUAUAGAGGGAUUUGAGUACUUGGAUAUUCCAAAUGAAGAGUUCUUAGCUCCCAUAGCCAGAGUCCACUAUGAAAAGAGAAAACUAGAUGAUAUGAUUGAUCCGGAUCUAUUGAAACAAAUGGACCCUCAGUCGUUUCACCUUUUCUCGGGAAUAGCAUAUUGCUGCAUAAAGGAGCAACGAUCAACACGACCAGAUAUUCAUCAAGUCGUCAUACGACUUGAGAAAGCCUUGGAUCUUCAACGGGAACAUGAUGAAACUCUGAAUUUAAAGGAAUACACAGAAGAUGAAGAUGCGUCGACCAAUCACUUGAAGGUAAUUAGUUCUUUCAGUCUGAGGUUCGCCAAUGAUGCAAUUUACACCGAGGAAAGUAGCAAUGGGAUUGCAGCUGUUGCACGACGACACUUCAAUGAAGGAACAAUAAGGGACAUGGUAGAUGCUAGGUUAAUUGAAGAAACUCAUCUAAACAUGUUCUCUCCAAAUAAAGGACCCGAUCAAGAUUCCUUGUAUGCAUUUUCAACAGUCGCAUAUCAAUGUGUGGCUGAAUCUCAAGCUGAGCGUCCAACAGCAGGUGUGAUUGUCAAGAAACUUAAGGAAGCGUUAUCUUUUCAAGUAAGUUAA